AUGGCAGACGAGAAGACGGUUGAAAUCGUCGACGAUACUGAGGCCUUCUACGAUGCCGAUCAGACGGCGGAAAUGGGCCGGAAGAUCGAGGGUUUGGAGCGGGAGAAGCUGCAGUUGGAGCGCGAGAACAAAGAAAGCAAUGAGAAAAUCAAGGAACUGACGACGGAGAUCGAGAAGUUGAAGAGAGGCGAGAAGGACACGAAGGAGAAGCUGCGGGAGAUGGAGUUGGAGAUCGAACGGAACGACGAGGGAAAAAAUGUUCUGGAAUCGGUUGCGAAUAGAGCGAUGGAGCUUGAAACUGAGGUAUCGAGGCUCCAACAAGACCUGAUCUCGGCGAUGGCCGAAGUAGAGGAGGCGAAUAACGAAGUUGCGGACCUGAAGCGUGUUUUGGGAGAGAAAGGAGCGAAAAUUGAUAGAUUGGAGAAAGAGCUUGAGAGCCUGAAGAAGGCCAAAGCUGAGAGCGAGAAGUGGGUUAGGGAAUUGGAGAGGAAGAUUGGGGUUUUGGAAGUGAAGGAAACUGAGGAGAAGAGCAAGAGAAUUAGGGUUGAGGAGGAGAUGAGGGAGAGACUUGAUGAGAAAGAGAAUGAGCUUAGUUUGUUCAAGAAGAAAAUUGAGGAAUUGGAGUCGGUGAUCACCAAGAACGGUGUUGAAUUGGGGAAGAGAGUGAAGGAGACUCACGAUGUCGAGGCGGCAUUGAGGGAAUCGGAGGACAAGUGCAGAGCCGUGGAACUGAAGAUGGGACAAUUGCAGAAGGAUGUGGUGGAGGCUAACAAGGUUAUUAAUGGAUUGAGGGAGAGGACUGUUGGGGCCAUGAAUGGGACUGUGGAUGAAAUGAAGGAGAUUUUGGAAGGCGGAGAGACGGGUCCAAAGGGAUUGAGCUUGCCAGUUGUUGCAGGGUCUACUGGAGCCAUUGUUGCCGUGGCGGCUGCUGCCGUCUAUGUGUUGUAUCUAAGGCCUAGGUGA